GCGCAACACGGCAGCUUACCUUUGGUGCGUUAUCUUCCUCGGGUCUGACCCCUGCGCGUCGCGACAGCGGGCGCCAACCCCAGAACACGACCGCACUGCGCAAGCAUAGCUGCGAGCCAAUAUGUCGCUCUCACAAGCAACUGAAAGGAUGAUGUGCGCGGCGGCGCAGGACAGCGACGACGAGAACUCCUCCUCGGAAGACGACUCGGACGAGGAGCCGGUGCCGUCGUUCGCGGAGCUCGUGGGGAGGAAGCCGGCCGCCGCGGGGCCGCCGUGCACGUGCGACCUGGACCCGUGCCUCUGCGCGGCCGGCGGUAGAGCUUUCAAGGCCAAGCGCGACGACCAGCAGGUCGUCACGCCCGCGCGCGACGGGUUAAAAUUAGACGACGACACGCGCCUCGACGCGGCGUUGUCAGACCGGCUGCGGCCCCACCAGAGGCGGGGCAUCCGGUUUCUGUACGACCGCGUCGUGAAGGACGGCAAGGGCUGCGUCCUGGCGGACCACAUGGGCCUGGGCAAGACGCUGCAGUUGAUCGGGACGUUGCAGUCGUGGUUCGCGAACCGUCGGGAAAGGACGGCAUUGGUCGUGGCGCCGGCCUUCGUGCUGCCGAACUGGCUGGACGAAGUGGAGAAGUGGCUGCCCAAGGACCGGAGCAUCCGGAUGCGGCCCCUACCCAAGGGCGACCGCGCGCCGACGAUAAAGAAGUGGGCCCGCGAGGGCGGGUGUUUGUUGGUGGGCUACGAGAUGUUUCGUUUGAUAGUCUCUCAAAAUGAUGACCUCGCCAAGUUAGUUCUCGGGACGGGCCUCGUCGUGCUCGAUGAGGCGCAUCGGCUCAAGGAACCGAAGUCUCAAAUCUACAAGGCGUUGACGAAGAUCACGACGCGGAGGCGGAUCCUGGCCACGGGCUACCCCAUCCAGAACCGGCUGGACGAGUACUACGCGCUCGUCGACUAUGCGAGACCCAACAUACUGGGAGACGAUGAUCUGUUCAAGCGUUUCUUCGAAGGGCCCAUCGUCGCGUAUUUGGACGGGGGUAAGAACCGGGGCGAGGCUUUAAGAAGAGCGCACGCCCUGAGAAAUGCGUUGGAGGACGUGGUAUUGCGGCGGGGCGCGGAUACGUUGGGAGACGAUUUACCAAGAAGAAGAGAUUGGGUCGUCGAGUGCGCAUUGACGGAGGUGCAACGGAAACUCUACGAUGCUUUUGUGGAGAGCGGCGCGGCCGAGUCCACGAACAGUCGGGGCGAGCUGGCGGCCUAUCAUACUGCAUUAGCGAUCUGCAACCACCCGGACAUUAUUGAUAAGCAUCUGAGCGAGGAGGAGCGCCUGUUCUCCGCGGAUACGAGGAGCGAGGAGGUCGUCACGGGCGACGCCUGGGCGGCGCCGGAGGUCGUCGCGCGCGAGGCGUCGCGCGCGGCCGCGCGGCAGCUGCGGGACGAGUCGAAGCGCGACCAGCACCGCGUCAAAGCUCGCAAGAAGAACGGGUUGGACGACGCCGAGGCUUUUUGUGGGUCAUUACGAGCCUGGGCGGCGCCCGUGCUGACGGACCACGCGGCCGGAUCGACACGAGCGUCGGGCAAGGCCCAGGUGUGCCUCGCGCUGCUCGCGGAGGUGAAGAGGAGGGGCGAGCGCUGCGUCGUGUUUACACAGACGCUCGGGACCUUGGACGUCCUCGAGGACCUGCUCGCGUCCACCGACAUCGCCUGGUGCCGGAUCGACGGGUCGACGCCCGCGGCGGCGCGCUCGGAGAUCGUCCACGCCUUCAACGCCCGGAAGGAGCAGGGGAAGCGCGUGAAGCGCGACGCCGUCGACGCCUUACUCGUUUCCAUAAGAGCGGGCGGCGAAGGGGUCAACAUGACGGGCGCGUGCCGCGUCGUUCUGUAUGAUGUGUGCUGGAACCCGUGCUUCGACCGGCAGGCCAUGUGCCGCGCGCACCGCCUGGGGCAGAAGCGCGAGGUGAACGUUUACAGGUUGGUGGCGCCCGCCGGCACGAUGGAGGCUAGGGUCUUCCAACUGCAGCGGCGGAAGGAACUACUCGUAAGGGAGGUGAUCCAGCAGCGGGGCGUGAGCGUCGAGGCGGCGCGGCUCGUCGCGGGGGCCGGCGACGAAAUACUAAAGACGGUCGUGGCCGCGCACGCCGCGGCCGUCGUGGGCGUCCGGGAGGACCCGCUGGAGACGGCGCCGCCGGUGCCCCUCCAGAAGCUCCUGACCGAGCCGGAGAAGCGGCGCGCCGUCGACGAGUGGGCCGCGGCGCGCGCGUCGAAUUAACCUUAGGAACAUUAGG